CUAAAAAAAUUCAAAACCAUUCCCACUCCACCCACUUCCUCCUUCGUUCCUAAAUCCUAUCUAAUCCUAUCUCUUUCGGUCUUUCCUUCUUAUUUUAACUAGAUUCUUUCCUCUUGCUUCCCACGCAUUUCACACUUCCGCUUCCUCCCUCCAGCCGCCACUCUCACUCUUUCACGUUUUUCAUGAAUUUUCUCCUUUCCUCGUUUUCCUAAAAAUAUUCAACACAAUGAUAAAUCUUUGGUCUUCUGAUGAUAUUCAUGGAUCCUCAUCUUUAUCAAUCAUGGAUACUCUCAUCCCUUCUUCUAAUACUACUACCACUUCUCAAGAUACCCUCCAUACCCGUCUUCAAGCUUUGAUUGAUACCCCUGUUACAUCCCGAGGUGAGACCUGGACUUAUGCUAUUUUUUGGCAAUAUAGUGUUGAUUAUUCGGGUCAAGCUUUACUUGGGUGGGGUGAUGGAUAUUAUAGAGGUGAAGAGAAUAAAACCCGAAAAGAUAACCCUGCUAGUAAUCGGGUUUCCCAGGAUUUAGCUGAGCAAGAACAUAGGAAACGGGUGCUCCGUGAGUUGAAUUCACUCAUUUCUGGAUCUCCGGCUAAUGAAGAUUCUGCUGUGGAAGAGGAAGUUACUGAUACUGAAUGGUUUUUCCUCAUUUCUAUGACCCAUUCUUUUGCUAGUGGUGAGGAUUUACCGGGUCAAGCCCAUUUGAGCGCGACUCCGAUUUGGGCUGCGGGUUCUGACCGGCUUUCGACUUCACCUUGUAAUCGGGCCAAACAAGGGUCAUGCUUCGGACUUCAAACCAUGGUGUCGAUACCGGUUUUGAAUGGAGUACUCGAGUUAGGGUCGACGGAUGUGAUUUUACAGUGUCCUGAUUUGAUGAAUAAGGUUAGGGUUUUGUUCUGUUUUGGUUCCGGUCCUGGUGAUCCGAGUGCCUGGUCCGUACCCGUAUCCGUUUCUGUACCGGUACCGGAACCGGAACCGGCACCGGUUCUUUCCGUUGAAAGUGACCCAACUGCGAUGUGGAUCAAUGACCCGAAUCCACCAGAGGUCGUGAAGGAAAUAAGGAAUACACCAACCCCGCCGCCGCCGCCACCUCAGCAGCCGCAAUUGAAAGUGAUUAAUUUGGAUAAUCCGAUUAAAAACAACAACCCAGUUGAGAUUCAAACUUCUCAACAAAAGCCAGGGUUUUUUACCAGAGAAUUGAAUUUUUCUGAGUAUGCCGGGUUAAAUGGAAGCGGGUCAAAGAGUAAUGGAGGUUUAAAACCCGAAUCUGGAGAGCUAUUGAGUUUUGGUGGAGGUGAUAGCAAAAGAAGUAGUACUACAAAUUCGAAUGGAAAUGUGGGUAUCUUCGGUUCGAAUUCACAGUUCAUAAUUGAUGAUUGUAACAGCAAGAAGAAACGAUCCCCAAAUUCGAGAGGCAGUAAUGACGAAGGAAUCAUGUCUUUUACAUCUGGGGUGAUAAUGGCGUCGUCAGGGAUUGGAAAAUCAAGCAACAAUGGCGGAGCUGAUUCAGAGCAUUCCGAUUUAGAAGCGUCGGUAAAAGAAGUGGAUAGUUGUAUACUAGUAGCUGAGCCAGAAAAACGUCCGAGAAAACGAGGCCGAAAACCGGCUAACGGAAGAGAAGAGCCAUUAAAUCACGUCGAGGCAGAGAGACAACGGCGUGAGAAGCUAAACCAGAGGUUCUACGCUUUACGAGCUGUUGUCCCUAAUGUGUCGAAAAUGGAUAAAGCGUCGCUCUUAGGCGACGCCAUAUCCUACAUUAAUGAGCUUAAGGCAAAGCUUCAAGAUUUUUCGUCGGAAAAAGAAGCAUUGAUAGCUCAAGUAGAAGGGCUAAAGCGAGAAUUAGCCACUAAAAAUGGGCCGACAUCACAACCACCGCCAUCACCACCAACGAAUCUCGAAAAUGAUCUAAAGGUGUUGGGAGGCCAAACACUAAUAGAUUUAGAGAUUGAUGUGAAGAUAAUUGGAUGGGAAGCAAUGAUUAGAGUGAAUUGUAACAAGAAAAACCACCCAGCUGCAAGGCUAAUGGCAGCCUUAAAAGAAUUGGAUUUGGAUGUAUCACAUGCUAGUGUUUCUGUUGUUAAUGAAUUGAUGAUCCAACAAGCAACUGUAAAAAUGGGUAAUAGAUAUUAUAGUCAAGAUCAAUUAAGAAUGAUCUUAGCUUCUAAAAUAUCAGCUCCCAGAUAAGAAAAUCAGAGAUUUGAAGCAGAAGAUUAGUUGUAUUGAUGAUUAUUAUUUUUGUGUAUGUUGUUCAUAUUAGUCAUUAUUGAACCUUGUAUGAUAUAUUAUUGUUGGGUAGUGUAUAAUUAAUCUUAGUUUUAGCUUAAGGGAACUCCAGUUUUUAGAUUGUAUUAGUGUCAUGUAGGAAACAGGAGCUGGGUUUUGGUUUAUAUCAUGAACACCAAUUUAUGUAAAUGGAAAUAAGAACUUAGCUCCAAUUCUCAA